GAAAGUAGAUUCACUCAUCCAUGUGAGGUCGGUGAGGGGAGUUUCGAACAACGGCGCUACUCAUAUGAACAUUUGGAAAGUCCCGGUGUCACCAAUCAGCCUUACGGUCCCAGUUUUGGUGGCAUGUAUAAGCAAAAUGCAGAUAAUCUCCCGGAGCGUUCAAUUGGCGGAACAGAUUUUGGCCGGACGGAUUCCUCAUGGAAUAAAAGCGAUCGGGAAACGAGCGGUUUUGCCCCAUGUGAGGAUCGAAUUUUUUUCAGAGGCCUUCUAAAUGGCAUGAAAUUACCAACUAAAGUUGCAGUGCCAGAUCCGCCCGGACCAAGCCGAAAACGUUUUGAAGAGGCAGCGCAGCAGUCAAAAGAAUACCGCUCGGGAGCUAGAAAUGAUGGCAGUUGGCAAAGUCAGCCGCAGUGGUCCGGUAAUCCUGACGGGUUUGAGCAACAGUGGACGUCACCAUAUGCGCCAGAGGGGCAGUGGAAUCAAGCUGGAAGAUCGGAGCUUCCAAAUAGAAAAUUCACACGUUUAUUUGCAGAUCAUUUAAUCGUUCCGAUACGAGGACGAGUUGGCAACCAAAUGUUCCCGCAAAUGUGA